AAAGUGACGUCGAAUUACAGCGCCUGAGACGGGUUCGCCAAAGCAAAAAGAAAACACCGUGCGAGCUUUUUGUUGUCUUUGUGUUUGUACAGAACAACAUGCCCAAAGUGAAGAGGAGUCGGAAGCCGCCUCCAGACGGAUGGGAGCUCAUUGAGCCCACUUUGGACGAGCUGGAUCAGAAAAUGAGAGAAGCUGAAACAGAGCCUCAUGAGGGGAAGAGAAAGGUGGAGUCUCUCUGGCCAAUUUUCAGGCUGCAUCAUCAGCGGAGUCGAUACAUCUUUGACCUCUUCUACAAAAGGAAAGCCAUCAGCAGAGAGCUGUAUGACUACUGUAUAAAGGAAGGCUAUGCAGACAAGAACCUGAUUGCCAAGUGGAAGAAGCAGGGCUACGAGAACCUGUGCUGUCUGCGUUGCAUCCAAACACGAGACACCAACUUUGGAACCAACUGCAUCUGCAGGGUCCCCAAGAGCAAGCUGGAAGUCGGACGGAUCAUUGAAUGCACCCACUGUGGAUGCAGAGGAUGUUCUGGCUAAGUGCGUUUUUUUUGGACCUCUGGUCGAUUUUCUGUUGGGCAUCAGGGCUCACCCAGCCUCCAGCUGUGCAUUCUCAGAUCUCCAAAGUAACAUUGUCUUAUUUCAGUCACCUGAACCAGAAACAAAUCACUGAUAGCUUCAUCAUCAUCAUCCUCAGCUGCUGCCCUUAUGGGGGUCAGUAUUUGGUACUCCUUUUUAACACAGGGGAGCAAAGGAGAUUACACUGAGAGGGGCCAUAUUGUAUUGCUUACAUUUGUUUUUCUGUGUGUUUUUUAAAUAUAUUUUAUGCCCUAAACUCCAAAUGCUCAAAGUAGGAGGUUGAGGUUAACUGUUUCUGGAUCACGCCUGUCAUUCCAGCAAGUCAUAAGCACUGUGAGGGUCAGUUUAAAUUCUGUGUUUCAUUUCAUUUAAAGAAGGCUGGGAGGGAAAUGAUUUUUGUUUGAAAUGUCAUUGUUUUAAACCUUAACUGUUUCUUCAUUGUUCUUGUAGUCUAAUUUUAAAUAAAACCAUUCUGAUUUA